UCGUCGCGCCGGCAAAUCGAUCCGGGUUGAUCGGAGCGCAGCCGGAGAAUCUUGUUUCCACUGCUGGAAUUUUCAUUUCUCGUCGUUGUCAUCAUUCGAGGAAAAAGAAUUCGACGGAAACGAAUCAUCCUGGAAGCGACCAUGGAGGACGGAGUCCGCAACGACCUACCGGAAGCCGGGCAGGCCGAGGUCGCCGCGAGAGAUGUAACGAAAAUCUCCAGGAAGAAAUUAUACGCCAGAACCGUCGAUAUCUCGCUAGUACCGCUGAUGCAGUGUGGCUCUCUGGAGAUCGGCGAGGAACGCCAGCGUCGGGUCGCUAUGAUGGAGUCGCUCUGCCAGGUGAACGGCAGUAAGACCAACGGCAUCGGCAAUGGAGAUCUUAAUAACAAGACCAACAAUAACAACACGAACAAUAAUAACAAUACCCACAAUAACAAUAAUCACAACAACAAUAACAAUAAUAACAAUAACAGCAAUGCUACCGAUUGUCCGGAUCCUCAGCAGAGGUUGGCGGUGUUGAGUUUUGAGCAGGUCCGCCGCCUGAACGAUGUGAUGAACGAAGUCGUCAGCAUUCACGGCCGAGGGAACUUCCCCACCUUGGAGGUCCGAUUGAGGGAUCUCGUGACGGUGGUGCGCAGCAAGCUAGAAACCGAUCCGAGCAACGGGGGUGCCGGCAUGAGGGUACGCGACAUCCGACUGAACGGAGGCGCCGCUUCCCACGUGUUGGCCACCGAGUCCCAGCCGUACAACGACCUGGACCUUAUCUUCGCGGUCGAGCUGUCCAGCGGCCGUAAUUACGACAAGGUCAAGGCCGCAGUGCUCGGCUCCCUGUUUGACCUGCUGCCGGAAGGCGUGAGCCGCAAACGCAUCACCACCUGCAGUCUGAAGGAGGCUUACGUAAGCAAGAUGGUGAAAGUGAACAACGAUGGCGAUCGGUGGUCCCUGAUCUCCCUCGGCAACUCCCGGGGCCAUCGAAAUGUCGAGCUCAAGUUCGUCGACUCGAUGAGACGGCAAUUUGAAUUCUCCGUCGACUCCUUUCAAAUCGUUCUCGAUUCCUUGCUGCUGUUCUACGAGUGCAGCAAGCUGCCAAUCGCCGAGAACUUCUACCCGACCGUGGUUGGCGAGUCCGUCUACGGUGAUUUUCAAGAAGCGCUCUAUCAUCUGCACAAGAAGCUCAUCUCGACGAGGCAUCCUGAAGAGAUACGCGGCGGCGGCCUACUCAAAUAUUGCAAUCUAUUGGUGAAGAUGUACAAACCGUCUCAGCCGGAUUACAUCAAGACGCUCGAACGAUAUAUGUGUUCGAGAUUCUUCAUUGAUUUCCCGGACAUAGGACAACAGCGCUCCAAACUUGAGAACUACUUGUGGAAUCACUUCGUCGGGCCCGAGGAGGAGGCCCUCAAGUAUCAGUACCUGAUGCUACUGCAUAGCGUUGUCGAGGAAUCUACCGUGUGCCUGAUGGGCCACGAGCGACGGCAAACACUCGCAUUGAUUCAGAACCUUGCCUACCAGGUGCUCUGCCAGGAGCAGCAGCAGCGGUUGACGAGUCAUCAGCAGGCGCCGCAAGGUCCGCCUGCCACCUACGUCUACGCCAACGGUUAUUACUAUGCGCCCGUGAUACCCACAACGGCAUGCUACACGUGCACCUGCAACUGGAUGGCGUGCUCCUCGUGAUGCGACGAUAUCGGCGAUAACGUCGUAUCCGUAGACGUCGCCACCGCUACCACCGACAUCUCCACCAUCACUACUACCACCACCACCACCACCACCACCACCACCACUACCACGAUCACUGAUUGUUGCUGCUUUAACCGACUUACAAUCAGUCACGUCGAUUCUUACAAUCAUUGGUAUCAAAGAUAUCAAUUGAGAGAGUGCGAUUUCUGUUACCUCUGCUUUUACGGCCUCUACUGUCCUUUCGAAGAUCCUGGAGACUUUUGUUGCGCUUGUGGUCCUUGCGAAGUGUCCAAAAAUGUGGAGGCAGAUAUUGAUCGUUCCGUGUCCGACGUCAAAGAAUCUAAGCUCCUUAGUUGACGUUCGUCGGGGUGAUGCGAGCUUGGGUGCAGGAACGGUAUACGAAAGAAGUUAUCUCUUCGGCAUCGAGGAUGAUCAUCUGCAAAUGCAGUAACAAUAAAAUCGUGGAUCGAAAGGCGGCGUAUUCGGACGAUGAACGUAUGAUAUCGUCGAUGAUGUGAAAAACGGUAGGCAAGUAUGAGACACGAAGCAUUCUUAUCGUGAGUCUUCGGCCUUCCGUCGCGAGUGCUGCUCUUUCUAAGCAUUCGUAAACGUAUUUCGGUGGCGGUCGCUGCAGCAAAGUUCGGACCGAACGCUGGUACCGGCUACAGUUGCGGUGUAAAACAACCAAAAGACUAUAAAGACUCCAGAAACGAUGUGUUGUGCCUAAAAAUAAAAAUAUAAAAAGAGAUCGGAGAAGACUAGAAAAAGAUACGACGAAAAAAAACGUUCCUCCGAUGAGUUAUAAAAAAAAAGACAGACAUAACCGUAGUAGUAAAAGGGCAGGAUGGUCUUAGAUUAGUGGAACGAGCGCCGCUUUUAUUGACUAAAUAUGAAUUUUCGGAGAAUAGAUAUCGACAUCGUCCCGGAACGAGCGUUUGUCGAUGAAACGGACGUCGACGUUGCGUACAGCGAAUUCUGGACGAGGCCACGUUAAGGAGGAAGCGGAAACGAAGAGAGAAGAACCGAAGGUGGACGCGAGGCGGAAUAUUCCACGAUGGAACUUCGGACAAACAGGGAGGAGAGGAGAGAAUGUUCGAAUGAACAGACGGCUCGAGCGAGGCACGAUCCCCCUGUUUUGAUCUUUCCUUUGUCUCCUCCUGCUUGAUUUUUCUCUUGCAAAGCUGAUCGCGUGCCGGACAGCAAGGGCAGGGAGAGACAGAGAUACGUAAGAGAUGGAAAAGGGCUGUUUUUUCGGUGAGGGAGGAAACACGUUGCGAACUACGGAAAAAUAUAUAAAUAUAUAUAAAUAUAAAUAUAUUUAAAUAUAUACAGAUAUAUGUAUAAAUUUAUGUAUAAAUAAUUAAUGUGUGGCUGUGAACACAUUUCAUUUAGAUACUGUGUAUAACGUGAUAAGAUUUAAUUCGGGAAGAUGAUGUUAGCGGGGCGGCACAGCCGGGGGAACGAGAGGGGGAACGAGCAUGGCAGUGCGCGCGAAUCGAAAGGGAAACGCUUCCGAGCCGCGUUUCUUUCAUUUCUGCGAGAACUCGAGCGAGCGUAAAUACGAGACACACACACACACACACACACACACACACACACACACCAACAAACAAACACACGUACAUAUAUAUACUCGCAAGGAUGUACAUUUACAUAUCCAUGUACACCGGACGUGUCUGAUCGACCGUGGCUUUUCUUAGGCGAUAAAUACCACAUGAGUGCUGAGACACGGCACUAAAAAGGAAAUUAUAGCUGCAAUCGCUUUUUAAUGGGGGAUGAUUAGAUUUCUCUCCCCGUAAGAGAGCCGGAUAUGAACCCCGCGUAACGCGAAGAAAAACCUUGCGGUUAUAAUAAUGCGGUUAUAAUAAUCCGAGUUACGGCGAGAUAUAUCGAGGAUGAGCGCGGAGAAGAGUAUUCAGAAAAUAUUUUUCGAAAUGUUUGCAAAGCAGUCCGAGAGUAGAGGGUAAUUUCGAGCAUGUCAAAAUACCGUGAUACGUUUCAGUAUAUCCAAUGCCAUUGUUUCGACAAUCGCGCCGUAGCUCGCCCGAAAUUCCGUCUCACAUUCUCGUACGCGCCAAGCGAAGAUUUUGGUCCAUUCCAUCUGAAAACUACUACAUCUAUCACGUCAUUUUUUUUUAUCUCUUUAUUUACUCACAUAUUAUCGUUGAAAGAAACUGCGGUUGUCGGUGACAAUAAAAUCCCGCGCGCAGCAAAAUAAUCACGGGUCCCGAAUAUUCGUUUGGAAGGUGGCACGUUCCUGCAGCCUGAAACUCGCGGCGUGCAAGCGUUUCGAGAAAAAGAAGUAAAGGGUGAUGAUUGGGGCUAGGGGCACAGGCAGAGACCGAGCGAAAGAAAAAGAGGAUGAGAUAGAAGUGAGAACGCAAGACUAGGGAGCAUAAAACUACCUAUUCCUCUGUGUAUGUU